GGCCGCCCUCUUCCCCCUCGGCACUCUUUUGCGCAUGCGCUGACGUCCAUCGCCCUGUUUGGUGCAUGCGCUAAGGGAAGCGGCCGCUGCGCUCCCGGUUGCUCUAGCUCCGCCCUCGUUACUACCGGGAGCUGCGGCUGUGAUGGCGGCCGGGCCAAGCCAGCUCCAUUCGGUGUUGCUAUUGCUGGUGGCGUCGGUGCUGCCUGGCGGCUCGUGGGGCUCAGAGGCGGGGGAGUCUCCUGGCGGGCAGGGCCCCGGGGAGCGGUUUAAAAUCGAGGGCCGGGCGGUGGUGCCCGGGGUGAAGCCGCAGGACUGGAUCGCGGCGGCCCGGGUGCUGGUGGACGGGGAGGAGCACGUCGGCUUCCUCAAGACAGAUGGAAGUUUUGUGGUUCAUGAUGUACCUUCUGGAUCUUAUGUAGUGGAAGUUAUAUCUCCAGCUUAUAGGUUUGAACCGGUUCGAGUGGACAUAACUUCAAAAGGCAAAAUGAGAGCAAGAUAUGUGAAUUACAUCAAAACAUCAGAAGUAGUCAGGCUGCCAUACCCACUUCAGAUGAAAUCUUCUGGACCCCCUUCUUACUUCAUAAAGAGAGAGUCUUGGGGAUGGACAGACUUUCUAAUGAACCCUAUGGUUAUGAUGAUGGUUCUUCCAUUACUGAUAUUUGUAUUGCUGCCUAAAGUUGUCAACACCAGUGAUCCUGACAUGAGACGGGAAAUGGAGCAGUCAAUGAAUAUGCUAAAUUCCAACCAUGAACUGCCUGAUGUCUCUGAAUUCAUGACAAGACUUUUCUCUUCAAAAUCUUCCAGCAAGUCUGGCAGUGGGAGCAGUAAAACAGGGAAAAGUGGUGCUGGAAAAAGGAGGUAGUUGUUUCUUCCUCCUGCGCCUGAGUUUGCACAACUGUUUUUGUGUGGUGUCAUCUGUAUGGGUCUUGGAAGUUCAAAACACCACUACUGUAAACUUGAUCCAACAUGACAAUUGAUCUGCUACAACUGUUGUGUGUGAUGUAGCUAUUUAGCCUAUUUAAGCUGUUUUGUACUUGGCAGUAAGCAGAGGAGGACAUGGCUUCAAUCUUGUAUGUGUAUAAGGUCACUAUUGGUGAUACUGAAUUAACUAUAUUGCUCUGUAGAAAAUGACAUUAAAGUAAUUAAAUUAUAUGA